AUGAAGUAUUUAUUUAUUGCUAUUAUUUUGAUUUUAUAUUGUUCCUUUACAAAAGCCGACCAAAAGAAAUUCCUUGUCAAUAUGUAUGAUAAUGAUCCAUUGUUUAGCCCAGAUUUUGAAAAUGCAAAUGGUGCACAAACUGGUUUAGUUAAAAAGAAAUUAGGAUCAGACGGCAAACCUAUUCCAGCCAAUUAUGAUAUGAAAGAUCCUAAUGGCAAUUAUUACAUUAAAAAUGCAACUACCUUCAAAUCCUGGUUCAAUGAAGUCGCAGGUGUAUCAAUUUUAGUUCCAUUUGAAUUGGUUUUAACCCAAACAGCCGGAAGUCAAAACUAUUAUUCCUAUUCUAAUACUUCCUUUUUCCCAUUGAACGAAUUAGGUUGGUACAAUCCAAGUAUUAAAGGCGAUUACGAAUUCAAAAAAUAUCAAGAUAGCAAUAAAAAAGAACAAAACUUCCAUUUUUGUAUGCAUGCAUCCUUUAUAAUGAGUACCAAUUGUAAAGAAGUAUUCAAGUUCAAAGGUGAUGAUGAUGUUUGGGUAUUUAUCAAUGAUGUAUUGGUAUUAGAUAUUGGUGGUGUUCAUGGUGUUCAAGAUGGUACUGUUGAUAUGGCUAAUUUACCAGAAAAAAUCCAUGACUCCACGAAUUCAAAAUUGGGUAAUUGUAAGAAUGGUACCUAUCCAUUCGACUUUUUCUAUUGUGAAAGACACACUAAAGCAUCCAAUUGUCUUUUUGAAACUAAUAUGGGUUUUACUUGUUCAUAUUAUGAUUAUUGUGGUAUUUGUAAUGGUAAAGGAGAAUGUUGUACUGAUGUUAAAUUAAAUCAAUGUUAUACUAAGAAAUGUCCAUUACCAAAUUCCCUUCCAAAUGGUGCAACCAAUUAUCAAGAUUAUAUGACCAUUGUUCCAACCAACACUUGUGGUGGUACUGAUAAAUGUAAAAUCUAUUCAUGUAAUAAUUCAACAGGAUGUGAAUUCAAACAAAAAAGUUGUGACGAUGGUGACAAAUGCACAAAAGAUGCCUGUGAUUCAAAAACUGGUUAUUGCUCAAAUAUUCCAACAAAUCCAUCCGUUGUUACCUCAUGUUUAAAGAGUGGUUGUGAUUCAACAACUGGUAACUACUCAACUCCAACUAAUUGUGAUGAUAAGGAUCCAUGUACAAUAGAUUCAUGUAUCAAUGGUCAAGGCUGUGUCCAUACUAAAGCCUGUGAUGAUGAAGAUCCAUGUACAACCGAUUCAUGUUCUGCUGAUGGUAAAUGUACACAUACUGCAAUUGCAAAAUGUAAUUCAGAUUGUCCAAGUUGUCCAUCCAAAAAAUGUAAAAUUACAUCCUGUUCAGAAGAUAGUGGUGCAUGUAAUUAUGUUGAUAUGGUAUUUGCAUCGCCAAGUGAAUGUUACAAGGCAACAUGCGAUCCAGAAACUGAAGAAGCAAUUUACUCUCCAAUUGAUAGUUCUUGUGAUACCAGUGAUUCAUGUUUCACUGCACAAUGUAAUUUAAAUAAAACUUGUACAAGAGUUCCAGCUAUAAACUGUGACGAUAAUAAUGAAUGUACCACUGAUUCAUGUAGUGGUGGUAGUUGUUCAAAUACUGCAAUCGCUUGUGACGAUAAUGAUCCAUGCACCAUUGACACUUGUUCACCAUCUGAGGGUUGUAUUUUUACUCCAAUAGUUUGUGAACAAACUUCAUUAUGUAAUACCUUCACUUGUAGUGUUGGUAAGUGUGUUCCAACUCCAAUCACUUGUAGUUCAAGUGUUAAAUGUCAAGAUUCAAUUUGUAGAGAAGGUGUUGGUUGUGUUUAUUUCAAUCGUACUUGUCCACCAGACGAUGAUUGUAGCUCUGCUUACUGUUCAAUGGAAACUGGUAAAUGUAUAUCAAAAGCAUACGAUCCAUUACCAUUCUCUUGUCAAUCAACUGCUGUUAAAGUUGGUGUUGGUAUUGGUGCUGCCGCUGCUGCUGGUAUUGCAAUUGGUGGUGCUGUCGCCGCUGGUCUUGCUAUUUUUGGUGGUAAGAAAGCUUAUGAUACUUGGAAAACAAGUCGUGGUAAUGUUAUGACUGGUUCACAAUCAAAUCCACUUUACACUCAAAAUCAAAACAAUGGUAAUAAUCCAUUAUACUCUGCCCCAGCUGAAUAA